AUGAGGAAUGUGAUUCUUUCAAAAAAAGGCUUUAUACAUUGUAUUUAUUUAUUCUUUAUAAUAUAUUUGUUCACAGCAUCGUUGUCUCAAGGAACGCGAGCCGGUACCAGACCUAAUCUCAUCAUCGGACCCUUUUAUACGAAUUUAGCUAUGAUGUUAGAAAGGGAAGGCAUACCCUAUCUCGUGACAGAUUAUAAAGGUUUUGAUUGGAUUGACAUGAGUCGAGUAGAAGACCGAGUUAAAUGGAAGACUAUCGUAGAGAUUCGUCCACCAGCCCAAGAACAGAAUUUAGCUGUCGUAGAUCUGUUUAGUGUAAAUGAAUGGGACAGUGCUGUUAUGGUUAUGCCUGGACAACCCAGAGACAACCAGGAAUGUCAGGAUCUUGCCAGUCAGCUGUUGAAUAAACAAGUGUCUUUGAUACCAUACUCUGUUGAAGCCAGAUCUGAUAAAGCAGAAGCUAUGAUUAAAGAAAUUUUGCGAAAUGCCCGGCUUUCAAGACAGAGGCAUAUCAUAGUUUGUAGUCCUAGAGAUGAACGAGACAAACUCAUCGAAAAAGUCCUUAAAGAGGCAAAAUUAUUUGAUAUGUUGUCGAAGAGUAAACAAUAUUUUAUAUUCGUUGACCCAAGCUCUUAUCUUCAACCCUUUGCUGGUGCAAAUCAGAUGUAUCAGCUUGGUCUGUUCUCGGCACAAUGUCAACUCCUUGCUUUCCGCUACAUUAGACCGUCUUAUGACGGAACCAUGCAAAGCGCCAUGGAAGCUGCCUCCAUAGACGCAGCACGAGUGACAACACUAGGCUUAAACAGAUAUAUAACUGAUCAAGAAGAGAUCACUAGUAACUUUUCUGACGCGAGGUUUAUAGAAGCUCUGAAAUCGGUGAGUCUAGAGAAUGGUAAAACGGGUAUAAUACACUUUAACGCUACGGGACAGCGAGAAGGAUACACGUUAGAUCUCUACAAACAUGGUGGCGAGGAUAUGUAUGAAAGGAUUGCUGAGUGGAGUUUUAAUGGAACGUCACCGGAUUACCGGCUAAACCAAACGGGAAUAGUAAAAAACUCCAAUAAAAAACCUCAGAUUGGUAUUUUCCCGGAAUUGGUCAAGGUGGUUGUUGUUAUUGAGGAGCCAUUUGUCAUGACAAAAUCUAAUAGCAUGGAACGAGAUAAUGAAGAAGAAUAUGAAGGUUUUACUAUCGAUCUGUUAAAACUCUUGCAAUCAGCUCUGAACUUCCAUUACGAAAUAUAUGUCAGUCCUAAUAACCAAUAUGGCGCUAUAUGGGAUGGUAUGGUCGGUGAAAUCAAGAGCGGGAAUGCUACAUUGGCUAUGGGAGCUAUAUCCAUUACGUCUCAAAGAGAAGCUGCUAUAGACUUUAGUUUAGGAGUCUUGAGUACUGGAGUCAACAUCCUGGUGUCCAUGCCUGCCGAUCACUACACCAUCUUCCAAUUUCUGAAACCCUUUUCUCUGGAACUGUGGAUGGCUAUUCUAGGAUCUUCUGUCGUGGUCUCCUUGGUGUAUUUUGUGUUGGAUUACACACGGGCUGAGAAAAAAUUCACAAUGAAAGAAACUUUGUGGUUUUCCGUGGGAACACUGUUAAAACGGGGAACUGACUUUUCUCCACGGCCCAUAUCUCAACGUGUUCUUACGGCAGGUUUCGGAUUUUUUGUGCUCAUUACCGUGGCAACAUACACCGCUAAUAUGGCAGCUUUCCUGACCACAAAAAAUUUGGGAAAGACCAUAACAUCUUUUGAAUCAUUAUCGGAAAAUGAUGACAUUAGUUGUGGAACUGUAAGGAACUCUGCGACCAUGAACUUCCUAAGUAUGGGUACAAAACCGGUUUUCAAAAGAUUGUGGGAAAAAAUACAAGAGUCAGACGGUCUUGUGAGCAAUUCGUCCGAGGGGCGCCAAAGAGUAGCACGUGGGAAUUAUGCUUUCAUGUUUGAUUAUCUUAUCAAUGCAUACUCCGAAGGAGCAGAAUGUGAUGUUAAAGCCGUGGCCUCGCCCAUUUUAAUUCAGGAACAUGGAAUAGGAAUGGCAGAAGGGGCUCCCUUUAAGACCAGCAUAAAUAUAGAACUACUGAAAUUAAAAGAGAAAGGGAAGAUACAGGGGUUGAAGAAAAAAUGGUGGGAUGAUAAACGAAAAUGUAACAUCGAUGUCAGCAACAAGAAAAAAUCAAACGUACAAUUUGGUAUUAGUCAUACAGCUGGUGUUUUUAUUUUGGGUGCAUUUGGUAUAUCCUGUGGAGUCGCCUUCUUUUUGUUCAAAAAAUUCUAUUUAUUAGCAAAGCCCUCAAGUGGAAAUACUGACGAGGAAGAUGAGAAAGAAAAGAAACAGCUGUGUGAUGCCUCACCGGGGUCAGUUUCCAGAAGUUCUAAACACAGCAUUCCGACGCCAGUGUAGUUUUUUCACGACACGAAGACGUUCACGACAUAAAGAUAUGGUCGAUAGAAAAUGGAAAUCAAAUGCAAAAAUAGUGAUAUAAUAGUGAAAGACUCCUCUUAUGCCGUCGGUAAACGCCCGAAUGUCGCCUUCUGUUUACACCUGGUAAUCAAAAGAAUGAGAAUACGUUCAUUGAAAAAUGUCCACUUUUAGCUUCUUUAAACAUGAUUUGAUUAAAAGCAACCGUUGAGUUUUUAUUAGAAUGUUUUCAAAAGUAACCAAAUUUCAUGACUAAAGGGCUACUUGUUUUAUGGGUUUUGUCUCUUUGUUGAAAUCUUGUUUUCUGUCAGACGCUGAUUAAAUACAUUGGCCAGUUUGUUAUGAUUAUAUUUCAAACCUCAGACUGUUAGUCAUUAUGAAAAUAUUUGUGAACCAGUUAUUUUCUAGUCAAUUUCGUUUUUGACAUGGCCUACUGGUUUAACUGCGCAGCUUACAUACGGUUGAAGCCUUUCAAAAUUUUUGAUUAUUGAGUUUACGCCUCCGUCGGAUAUAUAAUUGAGAGAUUUGUUAAGUUUUGUGAAUAUAUUAAGUUUUGAAGUUGAUUUUUUAUUUAGUAGCCUAAUGAUGUUAACCCUAACGGGAGAUGUAUUUGUAAUUACCAUUGCAUAAAUCUUUGUAAAAAUGUCACUGGAAGCCAAUAUUUUUAUAUCUUUAUAUCUGGACGGACGGGUUUUUAAGCAUCGGAGAUUUUUUUAUCGAGCUGUCUAGCUUAAGAAUAUAUUUUUAGUACAGGUCAACUAAUGGUCUUGCUUCUAUAUCGUGACAGACAAUUAUAAAGAUCUAUUAAUUAAUUGUUUUGGGGUGAAUAUAUGAGACCUGUGUAUAUCUAAGACAAAACAUUCAUAAAUAAAUAGCACCGAUAUUCUAAAAUACUAGUACUGUGUUAUUAUAUACAUGUUGCAAAGUAAAAUAUUCCAUUUAUGAAAUAUAAUUAUUUGAGCUACAAAAUUACAUUAGCUGUGAUUAAUACGUAUAGGAUAUUAAUUCCGUGGUUGUUGGAUAUUCCUGAAGCAAUGGUCAACUCAUUACUCCCUGUGUUUUGUUUUAUUAGAACCUAAAAUCAGUUACCUAUGAUUGUAAUAAAUAGUAGCGAUUGACGAAGGUUAACGAGGGGAUCAUGCUUGCUACCAUUGCUUCAGGAAUAUAUAUUUAGAAUCAGUAUUAAAGUUAUUAUAAUCAUGUUCCUUGUUAUUUUAUGUGUGUAGAUUAUUUUGUUAAAGAUACAUUAUGGGAGAUUAGAUAAAGAGCUGGCAGUUCUAACUAUAAUAGUUAAAAAUUAGACAAUGUAAAGGGAAUUUGCUGAAAUUUUCAGUCAAAUUGAUUCAAUCUGAACCGAGAAUUUAGGGAUUAAAUUUUUUAUCUAGUCUCGAUCAUCAUUACUAACGUCGGUACAAUAAAAAACAUAGUCUCGAUUAUCCAGUUAGUAUUUAAUUAUCAAUGAGCGUUGUGCAGCAGAUAGGAUUCUAAUCCAGUAAAUAUCACAGGCUAGCGAUGACAUCGAGAGUUGAUUAUGAUCUGUAUAAGUUAAUUAAUGUCUAAUUAAUAAUUUAGAUAACAUUUCAGGCCUAAAGAAAGGCGUGCAAUUGGCAGAUUUAGCUCUUGCAUAAUGUAUGUUUAAUUUGUCAACUUAUCAAAUUGACUUUUAUUGUUUGUUAUAGUUAAAAACUUAUCACGAAAUAAAUGACUUUAUU